AUGGCUGAAAGUAUCAUGACAGCGCACGACGAAACACGACACGUCCCUACUAACACUCUACACUCAUUAAAUUUGAAAACAUGUGAUAAUAUGGACGAGUAUAUCGUAUGCCUCGUAGGCAUUAAUGAUAAUUUAAGCAAAAGUCUACCAGCAAUGAUCAGUGCUGACCGUAUUCGUCCAUUUGAUAAUGUUACAGCCACUCAAGAAUAUAUUCAUAACGUCGAAAAUACCAAGAUUUUCUUGAUUAUCUCGGGAGAACUAGGCAAAGAUAAUAUCAAUGAAUUAGUCGGCGAACAAAAGAUUAUUAGCAUUUACAUUUAUUGCAAGGAAGAAGAAGUACACAAAACAUGGUCAGAAGGAAUCCAAAAGGUUCGAUAUGUAGUUUCCAAUGCAGAACAAUUAGUUAGCCGUCUUCAUAUCGAUAUCAAACAGUUCACUUCACGAUGGCCACUGAAUGAGAAAUCUGUUCGAAAAGCUUUGACGCAUGAUGCUCAAUGGUAUCAUUUAUUUCUCUAUGUUAUCUGCAAUCAUUCUUUAUACACUGACGACUCUCGUGCAAAAAUGUUCCAGGCUUGUCGCAAUUAUUAUUCGAAAAUGGCUCAUCAGAUUAAACGGAUUGACAAGUUGGAAAAAGAAUAUAAACCUUGCAAUGCAAUUCGUGAAUAUACAAAAGAUAGUUUUCUUUACCGUAUCAUCAAUCGCGCUUUGCGUAUACAAGACAUGCAAAUAAUCACGGAUUUCGCUCCAUAUAUCCAUGAUUUACACGCACAAUUAUACCAACUGCAUGAAAAGUACUAUUUAUCGUCAAAACAAACGAUCCGGUCUGUGUACCGAGGACAAGGUCUGAGUUUAGAUGAACUUAAUUAUUUGAAAUCGAUUUGUCAGUCCAAAAGACCCAUCAUUAUACUGACUUCUUUUAUAUCAACCACACUUGAUCCGGUAGUGGCGAUGGGAUUUGCGUCUGCUGAACAUGAUCAAAUUCCAUGCCUAUUUGAGAUUAUUAUCACCAAUGAAUAUAAUAACGAACAUCAGCAUACCCUUGCGCACGAACAAGUGUUCGCGAAUAUUUCUCAAUAUUCUGCUAUGGGAGAGAAAGAAGUACUCUUUUCGCUUGUUUCACAUUUUCGUGUUGAACGUGUCGAUUAUCCAGUCGAUGGUUGUCGAGCAAUGGUAACACUUGAGCUUAUCUCGGAUAGACAAGGAGCCUGCACUAAGAACUAUUUUCAAAUCGCUGACACAAUCAGCAAAGAGACAAACCCACAAGUUUUCGGUGAUGUAUUACAUAUAUUGAAGGAAAACGCUGCGGACGAAUUGCAAAGCGAAACUACAAAUUGGAAACAAUGGUGGAGUCGUCUUAGCUCAAAAUGGGGAACCCGUGAAACCGAAAAUAGACCAUUGCAUUUGAUAAUGUAUAGCUGCUUCACUGACAAUCCAGAUUGGUCGAGAAAAGCCAUCGAACUGAAUAAAGCUAUAUUACGUGCUGAAUCCGAAAUCGAAGCGAAUCGUUCAUCAUUUCCGUACCUAUUCAAGCGUUUCAAUUCUCUUCGACUGAUGCCAACUGAAUGUUUGGCUUUAUUUGAAGAAUACUUGGAGCCACUAUGUAAAACGAAUUCGAAUGAGGUGUAG